GUGUAUUUUAUUUAAUUUAUUUUAGUAUAAAAAAUAUACAGCUGGGCCUGGUGAAACCUUUUGCCUCCUCCACAUGAGGUCCCAAAAUCGAACCUAACCAGCAUCCAAAAAACAUCCCCACUUUUACAAAGCUUUCAAAAAAAAAAAAAGCUUUCAUAAAAACAAAGGAAAUUGUGAAGAAAAUAAAAAAUUGGGGUUUACUGGUUCAAUCGAUUUUUAGCGAUUUAACGGUUUUUUCUAUUUUUGAUCGGUUUAAUUGAAGUCUUCGGUUUUGGUAUACAAUCAAAUCGGUGUCAAGAUAGAAUCGCUAUUCAACCGGUCGAACCGACCUGUCUGAUUCGAUUUUAAAACACUAACUUUUUUGUAUGAUUUUUUUUUUUGAAAAUUUCACCACAACCAUCUUUUUUCACAUUCGUACUCCUAGCGAGAGAGUCCAACUUGAAAUUGAAAAAAAAGGCAAUUUAAAUGACUUAAGUUGUUCAUUUCUUUGUUGUAUUUCUGCUAAGUAGCGCACACUCUGCAUUAAUGUGUACAUAAAAUGACGCUUACAAAAUUUAAUCCACUGUUUUUUUUUUAAAAAAAAAAUACACAAAGAUCGGAAAUCCCCCUUCCCCCCCCCCCGGGGUCCCCCCAACAAAUACAUAAAAAAAAGAAAAUUACUUUGGAACCACGAAGCCAAAGCCUCAAAGUUCGGUAGUUUCUGCAUUCUUGCGGGGGUUUGAGGCUUGACAACCAUAAUGGAAGGCCAAUCUGCGAAAGAGCCACAAUCAGUCUUCGACUUCACUAUCAAGGAUGCUAAAGGAAAUGAUGUGGAUCUGAGCAUCUACAAGGGAAGGGUUCUACUAAUUGUCAAUGUUGCUUCAAAAUGUGGGAUGACCAAUUCAAACUACAUUGAGCUCAAUCAACUGUAUCAGAAAUACAAGGAGCUCGGGCUGGAGAUACUUGCAUUUCCAUGCAAUCAGUUUGGUGAAGAAGAACCAGGAAGUAAUGAUCAGAUCUUAGACUUCGUCUGUACCCGUUUCCAGUCAGAAUUCCCAAUCUUUGACAAAAUUGAAGUGAAUGGUGAAGGUGCUGCUCCACUUUAUAAGUUUCUGAAGAAAGGCCAGUGGGGGAUAUUAGGAGACGAUGUUCAGUGGAAUUUUGCAAAGUUCCUGGUGGAUAAGAAUGGGCAGGCUAUAGAUCGCUACUAUCCCACAACGUCCCCACUAACUAUCGAGCGAGAUAUAAAGAAGCUAUUCGGUGUCCUGUAGUUUCCACAAGAUACAAGGGUUUCUAAGCUUGGCUUAGUGCAACCAUCAGCAGAAGACCAACAUGAGAUUUCAGGAAGGAUGGGGGCAUUUACGGUAAGUGCAAUCCAGUGUUGUAGAAAUUUUUCAUAGGAUGCAUAACAAAAGCAGGCUGCAAAGCUUAACUUGAUCAGACAAGACAACUCGGGAUAAAAUUGUUCAUGAUAUGAGCUGUAGUUACUUGGAAGCUACCAAUUUUAUGUAACUCUUCUUCGGUCCCUUUAUAUUGCUUGCUUCCAGUUUUUGUUAAGCACUAAUCUUAUGCUAGAGCUUAAAAGUAUCAGUUGCCACUUCUUUUGCCUGCAAUACCACAACACAAUUCUGGCUUUUACCG